AUGAAAUCAGAAGACUUUGACCCUGAAUCUGAAUCUGAAUCUGAGCCAAACGAUUUCAAAGGAAUUAGUCUAGUGUCUAAAUCUCAAACUUCAUUGAUUCAGCCUAAAAAUGAUAAUUAUAAUCUUUUCAAAGGACAGAUAGCAGAAAUUGAU